CUCAACAAAUAACAUCAUAAUACAGUUCCAAAUUCACAGGAUUAAUUACUUUCUAGUAAUCAACAAAUCAAGAAUCCAUCUUUUUUUACUGUUACCCCCCAACACCAAAGAUUCAAUCUUUAAGCUAAUCUACCAAAAGGGAUUCCUUUUUUUUUUUUUUUUUCUUAAAUCAAUUUAAUGAAAUUUGUAAAUCCCUAAUCAAAUCUUAAAUUAAAACCCCUUUUACUCGAGUUGUUGUUCUUUCUUUUUUGUUGUUUUUUUUGCAUCGAUUUUAGCAUGGUAGAUGUGAAGGAAAGGAAGCUGUAAGUGUAGAGAUUUAAAAAAAUGGGAAAUGCAAAUGGAAGGGAGGAUGGUGGCAGCGACGGCCAAUUUGCGGCGGAGGACGGCGGCGCUGCGCAGGUUAGCAUGGCGGCUGAUCGAGGUGAGGAGAUGGGGCCUUCGCCCCCUCCAAGUCCUAGAGCCACCCAAUCUCCUCUCAUGUUCAAACCUCAGUUGCCUGUGGUUCCUUUACAAAGACCCGAUGAACUGAACAUACCGAGUCCUACAUGGAUGCAAAGCAACUCUGGUUACGAAGACACAAGCAACGAGCAAGGUAUUCCGACCAUGAUUACGUGGAGCUACGGCGGAAAAGAAGUUGCUGUCGAAGGUUCAUGGGACGACUGGAAAACGAGGAGGCCUUUGGCAAGAUCGGGUAAAGACUUCACCAUAAUGAAAGUACUUCCUUCGGGAGUUUAUCAAUAUCGGUUUAUAGUCGAUGGACAAUGGAGGCACUCUCCCGAUCAGCCGUGGGAGCAGGACGAAUCGGGAAAUUCAUUUAAUGUUUUAGAUUUGCAGGAUUAUGUUCCGGAAGAUACCGACAGCAUAUCAGGAUUCGAGCCGCCACAAUCGCCCGAUUCUACCUACAACAACACGCAGCUCGUGCAAGAGGAUUUUGCAAAAGAGCCCCCGAUAGUGCCACCUCAUCUAACUCUGACUUUACUGAACGCCCCCUCGUCGCACAUGGAGAUUCCACCACCUCACUCGAGGCCGCAGCAUGUCGUUUUGAACCACCUGUACAUGCACAGAGAUAGAACCCAACCCUCUGUUGUGGCACUUGGCUCGACCAAUCGGUUCCUCUCGAAAUACGUGACUGUCGUUCUUUACAAGUCAAUACAGAGGUAACAAAAAAAAAAUAUUCGAACGUCGGAGAUUAUUAAUUAGUCUUGUUAUAAUUAAUUGUUGAAUGUAAUUUUGGAUGUAAUCGUUGAAAUUCGAAAGUGAAAGAGGCGUCGAUGAACGUGUUUCUAAAGAUGUGUUUUUUUUCGUUUUCUUUUGACAAAUGCGAGUUCGUUGGUUUUUUUUUU